AUCACUAUUCUAUCCACCCUUGGUUUUAUCUUCUUCUUCUUCAAAUUCACGACUGCACAAACCAGAGAAACGAACAGCUGUAAUCAAUCGCAAUCAUGGCGCAAAAGAAGAAAGAGCUGCUGUCAUCAGCGCCAUGGAGGAUGGGCCCACAAGAAGACGACAAAUUCAAGGACGCUAAGUUGAAGGUCACGUCACAGCCAGGUGCAACACCCAAAAUGCACGUCCCCGGCAAGAAAACGUUCGGCUCCAAAAACGACACCGUUGGGGAGGAUUCUCUCACUGAAAUCGACCCUGAACUUCGCUACAGCAAUUUCCAGUUCCUUCAAAACGUCUUCAGCAUUGAUACGAUUGUGAAGCCCCUUCCUCCAACAAUGGCAUACAAUGUCUCGCACAAUUUAUCCUUCUUCACAAGGAUCUUCACACAGUUCUUUGAUCCCGAUGGUAUAGCGGAUGCACAGAAAUCGCUUGGAUUAGGUCAGGGGGAGGAAGCUCGUAAGGAUAUCUGAUUCCAAAAGGGUGGAAGGUGCUGCCACUUUUCAGAAACAUCCACCACAAUCCAUAAAAUUUCCCUGAGCCAGAGAAGUUUGAUCCUUCAAGAUUUGAGGUAAACCUUGAGGCCCCACAAGCUGUUCAUUCAUGUAAAAAAGAUAGUAUUUGUUUCAAGAUUGCAUUUUUUUGAAUAUUUUCACUGAAAAAAGAGUAUUUUGUGUUGAUAUGCUGGCUCCUGUGAAGCCCAAUACAUUCAUCCCAUUUGGCAGUGGGGUCCACUCAUGCCCAGGGAAUGAGCUUGCCAAGCUGGAGAUCUUGUUGAAAUUUUUGCAGGUAUUCUAUGAUGGCCCCACAGAAUGGAGUUCAGUAUGGACCUUCCCUCUUCCCCAGAAUGGUCUGCCAAUUAAAAUAUCUUUCAAAAAAUGAGUCCAAAUGCAAAGCAUGUUUCCUGCCAAGUGGGAGACUAGUAAUAAAGAGACACCACCUUUUUCUGUUGCCUCUGAUCAAGAAAUGGAGGCAGCCCACAGUUAUAGAGAAUUGUAGAUAAAGAAUUUCAAGAAGAAUAAUGUUACGUAGCCAUAAUGUGGCCAGCCACACAAUGUCAUUUUUAUAAAUAGUUAUAAAAGUCAAUAUAAUAAAUUAGUAGUAAUAGUUAGUGCUAA